AUGACAAAAGAUGAAAACUCGUCAGUAAGUAACAAACAGUCGGGUGUAGGAACUGAAGCUUUCAUAGAAUCAGACGGUAAAAAUCAACUGAAAGGAAAGCUCGGAGAUAAAAGUAUUCUCAUAAGUGGUGCCUCUGAUAAAAAAUUCAAUCAACAACGUACGAUAAUAAACGAUGGAAAAUAUUUGCCUAAAAUCUUGCACGAUUCAAAUGUUGCUGAUGUUAACAAGAAUGCAAAACAGGUCGAUAAUGUUAACGCAGGCGGUAAGGAAGAUUUGAAUGACGCUGAUGGUAACAAAAUGGUCAUCAAGAUGCCAUUUUUUAAUGAUGUGGAUAAUUCUGAUGGAAAGAUUAAAAGUCCAGUCAGAAAUGUUAGCAGUAAGAUGGUCAGUACUCUGAAGAGGAAAGAUAACGAUAGCAGUCUCAGAAACGAUAGUAAUAAUAAUGAUAAUAAUGACGACGAUGAUGGUGAUGCUGUUAAAAAUGAUAACAAGAAUGACGGGAGUGAACUUAACAAAAAUAGAAGUGGUAAAGAGAUGAAGAAUAAUGACGAUAGCAAUUUUAAUAACACUGGCAAUGAUAACGAGAAUGUCGAGUAUGGCAAAGAUGAUGAGAACGCAGAUGAUAACACAACAAAUGAAACUAAUGUUGCCGAUGACAAAAGACUAAUGAUAAACGAUAAAUACCCUAUUGAAAAAGUACUCAAAACGGCGAAAAAUAAAGCUGAAGAGGAACUUGUUAACCGGAAUGAUUUUUUCCCAAAAAAAUUUUACAAACGAAAUGGCAGUCAAACAGCAGAUCAACAGCAGCAGCAACAACAAGGGCAGUCAACAAAACAACCUCAACAAAAACUUAAACAGUCGCAGACGCAACAACAAUCAUUACAGCAACAAUUUCUACUGCAGCAACAAAAGCAAGGUGAUAUACAACCUCAACAACUACAACGUCACGAUUCUUCACACCUUGCAGAGAAACAACAACAAAAAUCUUCACAACCACCACUACCACCAUCGAAACCAUCCAACUUUAGCAUCCAACACGAACAGCUGGAACAACAAUCAAAAAAAUUACAAAAUGACUCACGCAAUGAACUCACCCCGUCUGCAAGCAUGCCUACUAAAUCAAAUAACUUGAUAGAAUCAAAAGAAAAGUCACUGGAAUCUAGGAGAAAAGAACAUGCUAGCAUUCUUGACGGACAGCAAAACGACAAUCGGAAAACUCCAGAUAGUAAAACAUCAAAGCUAGAUAAGCUAGAAGAUAAAUUAGAGGACGUUGCCGACGAUGAUGAGGACGUUCCUAAAAAGGAAAACAGCAUCAGAGCUGGUAACCAAAAUCUUAAUGUUAUAAUAAGAAAUAACUACACAAACAAUGACAUCCUUUUCCAGAAAAGAAACCGAUUUUGA